AUGGCUUCGAAAGCGACUGUGGAUUUCGGCAAAGUGUUUGCUUCCGGUCUCGGCAAGCAGACUUCUGCAGAGCUGAACUCGUUCCGCAAGCGCUGCGACGAGGCGGAGCGCUCUCUGAACGCUUUGAAGAGGCAACCUGCGACGGUCGACUUUGCCUACUACAAGGGCGCCCUGAAGAACCAGGAUGUCGUUGCCCAGGCGGAGAAAAUUUUCAACGGCUUCAAGCCAGUGACGUACAAUGUCGCUGAUCGGAUCAAGGCGAUCGACUCGUUCGAAUCUGCUGCGGCGGAAGAGAGCGCUACCAAGAUCGAGGCCGAGCUGAAGGACCUCAAGGAGACGCUCAACAACAUUGAGGGCGCUCGUCCGUUCGACCAGCUCACUGCCACGGACGUGCUCGCUGCGCGUCCAGAGAUCGCCAAGACCAUCGAGGAGAUGAUGAAGAAGGGCAAGUGGUCCGUCCCCGGCUACGAGGAGAAGUUCGGCACUUUUUUGUAG